GGUCAAGAAAAAUAAAAAAAAAUAUUUUUUUUAAUUAUACAUAAAUGUUUUUAAUAUGCUAUUUAAGCAAAGUUGAGCAAAAUAUGUAUUUUUAGCUGCCUUUUCAUUAUGCAGUUUUGUCCUCGUGUAUGUUCCCGUGAAAUCUCGCGUUAGUUUGAUUGCUAUGGCCUACCAGGAAGAGGAGUCGCUUGAAUCUUGGCUCAAUAAAGCCACCCAUCCAACCAACCGCCAGGAGGACUGGGAGUACAUUAUAGGCUUCUGUGAUCAGGUCAACAAGGAGCUGGAAGGUCCUCAGGUAGCUGUAACUCUACUGAUACACAAAAUAUACUCGCCUCAAGAAUGGGAGGCACUGCAGGCUCUGACGGUGUUGGAGGCCUGCAUGAAGAACUGUGGGAGAAGGUUUCAUAAUGAAGUUGCAAAAUACAGGUUCUUAAAUGAGCUGAUCAAAAUUGUGUCUCCAAAGUACAUGGGCGACAGCGCGCCGGAGAAGGUGAAGACGAAGAUCGUGGAGAUGUUGUACAGCUGGACUGUUGCAUUCCCGAACGAAACAAAGAUCAGCAAAGCCUACCAGUCUCUGAGAAUGCAGGGACUUGUGAAGUGUGACCCGGAGUUACCGCUGGACAGAACCUUGAUUCCCUCUCCUCCCACCCGACCCAAACACCCGGUGUUUGACAACGAAGACAUGGGGAAGCUGCUUGCUGAGCUCCUCCGCAGCAAAAACCCAGAGGACCUACAGGAGGCCAACAGGCUGAUCAAAAGCAUGGUGAAGGAGGAUGAGGUGCGAGUGCAGAAGGUCUCCAAGCGCAUUAACACACUGGAGGAGGUGAACAUCAACGUGAAGUUGCUGACCGAGAUGUUGACCCACUAUGAUAAAGAAAGAUCUUCUGACUCAGAUAAGGAGAUUAUCAAGGAGCUCUAUGUGCGCUGCGACAAGCUGAGACGUGCUGCUUUCAAGAUGGCCACCGAGGCGGAAGACAAUGACACCAGUUUGGGUGACAUCCUGCAGGCCAGUGACGACCUCUCCGGGGUCAUCAACUCGUAUAAGAAGGUAGUGGAAGGUCUACCCAUUAACGGGGACAGUGAAGGAGCUCCGCCUGCUGCCCGCCACACUGACGACGCUACUGACACACUGAUCGACCUCGCCUGUGUGGACACUCCGGCUCCGCCCUCUGCUCUGCCUACACUCUUGGCUGCUACUCUCUCUGCUGAAUCUCCCAUCCCUGCCCUCCCUCCCCCUCCCAAACGCCUGGGUGGUAGUCAGAACAGCAGCCCGAGUCACCCGCCGCUGGGGAAGACCAGCAAACCCCCCUCUCUUCUGGACGAUGAGCUUCUCUGUUUAGAUCUCAAUGACCCCCCUGCAGCUGCGAGCAAACCCAUGCUCAGUGAGGCCUCCUCAAACUGGACUUCUCUGCAGGCGCCGGUGUCAGUCGCAUUUGAGAGCGUGGGAGGUUCUGUGCCAGUGUUUCCUCCUGCUGAACCGGCAGCCGCUCCAGUCAGCAGCCUGCAGGACCUUCAGGAUCUGGCCCUGAUGGGCUUUUCUGAGCAGAAGAGUUUCUCCCCUGGAAGGACCAACCAGUUUGGUUCACCGUUAAUCGGACCCCCUCACACUUCAGUGCAGGGCAUCCCCUCCUCAGUCGCUCUGCUGCAGGGCUCGCUUCCAAGCUCUCCUGCUCUCAGUAACGUGAACGCGUCUCAUGGUGGGAUGCUGUUUCAAAGCCUGUCCCCUGCUCAUGCCUCACUCCAGGCCAGUCCUGCACGAGGCUCGGAAAUCUCUCUCAGCAAUGUCCACGUUCCCCUGGAGGCCAUUAGACCAAGUAAAGUCCUUCCUGUCACGGCCUACGAUAAAGAUGGUGUUCGUGUCCUGCUCAACUUUGCGUCUGACUCUCCGCCGGGGAGACCCGACGUCCUAGUGAUGGUGGUGUCCAUGCUGAACACAGCGCCGCUCGCUGUUCAGAAUGUGGUGCUGCAAGCUGCCGUGCCAAAGUCAAUGAAGGUGAAGCUGCAGCCUCCAUCAGGAACAGACCUGGCCCCCUUCAAUCCCAUCCUACCUCCCUCCUCCAUUACCCAGAUCAUGCUACUGGCUAAUCCCACGAAGGAAAAGGUGCGGCUGCGUUACAAACUGUCCUUCUCUCUGGGAGACCGUCUGUGUAAUGAAGGAGGAGAAGUGGACCAAUUCCCCCCACCAGAGACAUGGGGCCAUCUAUAGCAGCCUGCUGGUCACCCAAAACAGACUGUCUGCAUAUCCAUGAAGUGUUUUUUGUUUUUUUAACGUUACAGCUGGGAGGUAAGGUAAGAUGAACUUGUUUGAACCCAGAUUUAGCUUCUUAAAGGUUUUAUUUAUUCCAUUAUAUUUAUUUGAUCAUAGCAAACUACACUGAGAUGAAAGCAACAUGUUUUAGGGAGAUAAAUAUUUUAGCAGUUUAGGAAUCGGUCCCAGCAUGUCAACACUUGAAGUCUGACGUCGCUAAUAAGGACUGGACUGACACUAAUCCAAGUUAAAAAAUAAAUAAAUCAGGUUCAUGUUGGCUGUUAGAAACUAUUUCCAGUGAAGGAUUUGUUCUCUGGAAUAUGAUUAAGACUCAAACUGUUAAGUUGCUGUUGAUACAUGGAAUGAAGAGAUGAAUUUACAGUAGAUUGUUUUUGUACUUGAGUUACUGCAUUCUUACCAAAGCUACUUUGUUAAUGUCUAUGUUGAUGGUCUUACAGUAUUUCAGUGAAUCACUGAACCUGAGAAAUGUGACGUCACAGAUCAGAUUUCUUUUGUUGAAAGUCUGGGGUCAGUGACUCCUCCCACCACAGACCUCAUCCUGUCUCGCUCUAAAUAUCAACAUGUCCAGUGGUAUGUGUCGUCAGUGGGAGGUGAAUCUGUCGAAGAUUUUGGAAUCCUGUUCAUUUGUGGCAUGAAAUAAAUAUUUGACAUUAAUAUAAAUCAAGUUUAUUAUCAAAGAAAACACUUGUUUAUGUACAAUACGAAUUGUGUGACUCUGUUAUGACUCCAUCGUUCCUUCCGAGACG